CUUCCUUGUUUGAUUCUCCUUCAAAGUUCAAACUCAAACCCUAGAUCUGUUGGGAUUCCAAGGAUUUUACUAAGGGAAUCAAAGUUGCGAUUGUUGAAAAGUCACUCAAAAGUAGGAUCGAUGGACCCCAAUGACCCCAAAAUCGUUGAUGUCAACCUGGAACCAAGCAAAGAGAUUCUAGAAGACGAGGUGGAGAAAAAGGUACAUAUUUAUGUGUCUCAUGUCCCGGAUUUUGCUGAAAUUAUACCUAUCUUACCAUUACCAGCCCCUAGUGAUAAGGGUACGGUUGACGACAAUCCUGUUGAGGUUGAAGGCAGAGUUGAUGAUGCUGGUAAUGAUGGUAAUGAAGACAAUGAACAUUCUGAGGAUGAAGAUGAUUUUCUUCCAUAUAUAUCAAAAUUGAGUAAUAAUGAAGAUAAGGAAAUUAUCAAGGCGAGAAAGAAAAUGAAGUCUUCGCAUGAGGCAACUUCUAGAUCAAAAAAUGCUAGGAAAGGUGUUAAGUAUGGUCGAGCUAUUCAUGAAAUUCCCUCAUCUUCAACUGGUCACAAUGAUCUUAGUUCGAGGAUUCAUUAAGCUUAGAUGAUGAUAUUAGCUACAUUUCAACAAGUGAAAAGGAUGGAAGUGAACUUGAACAUGCUAGGAGAAGGAAGUGUAGGCACAAAGUUUUCAGAGGAACAGAUGAUGGCAAUGUACAGAUUGAGUUAGGCAUCGUUUUUCUAAACAAAGCUGAGUUUAAAAAAGCUGUGGAUAAAUUGAGCAUUAUGCA